UCUAACAAAUACAUACACACACGCACGUACGUUCGUGGUUAUUUUUUAAUGUGUGUUGUUGCGCGUUAUUUUAUUUGCCGGAUUUUUAGCGCUGUUUUUUGCGCCCGCCAUUUACGUUUGGCAAACCGUGUGUAAAGAAAACACGCCGAUUGACCAGCGAGUGCGCUUGUUUUUAGCCAGGGUUCCGUGCAAAAAUCAAAACAAUGCAAAAAUUAACCUGGCAGAUGUGAGAAGCCGACAACUCGUUUAAAGAGCGAUUUUAAAAAAGUUUUUGACUAUUAUUUUAUCUACAUCGUAAAGCUUUAAUAAGAGCCCAGCCGCAAAACGAUUAAAUGGAAGCAAAAUAUAGAGGGUUAAGAUUUGUGCAAAAAGCAAAAUAAGGAGCGGAAAAAAACUCGCACACACGUACGUGUGUGUGUGUGUGAAUGUAAUUUGGAAGUGUGUUUGUUUGUGCGUGUGUGCGAGCUGCGUGCUGCAUGGGUGUGUGUGUAUAAUCAUGUGAAAAAUCGAUUGGCAGCGCAGCAGCAGCAGCGCGGCGGCGGCGCCAAUUGUCACUAAAGGAAAAGAAGAAGCACGUUUAAAAAAACGCACGAAAUUAGCAAAAAAGUAAACGAUAAUAAGAAAAAAACCCUGAGCAAAAAAAAUGAUAGAAGACUACAAUAAUAGUUAGCGAUCGCCGCAAAAAGAGAGGGAGCGAGAGAGUGAAGGCAGGCAAACCAGCACACACAUAUUCUUUAUAUAACUUGUGGGCAAGCGAAACAAAACAAACACAAAGAGGAAACGCGAAGGAGCGCGUGAGGGAGCCAAAAGCAAGACGGAGAGAGAGCGGGAGCGCGGCCCCUAGAUGUUAUCGAAAAUAUCGGAAGGACUGCGCUCAUCCUUUCGAUAAAAACCGAACUUCUGGAUCCCCCCGAUAGACGACAAGUUUGCUUGUUGUUGUGCCCCCCGGCUUUCGACCAAGAAUGGAACCAGAUCCCAAUGGGAUAAAAAUAGAGCCCUCACUUGAUCAGCAGCAGUACGCCACCCAUGUGCUGGCCAUCAAUGGCUCCAAUGCCCGCCUGCUCAUCGAGCAUUCUUCAGCCCUGUUGGUACCUCUGUCCUCGCACCACCAGUUGCAGUUGCAGCAACAGCAACAACAACAGCAACAGCAGCAACACGUGCAGCAGCAACACCAACAGCAGCAACAUCAGCAGCAGCAACAACAGCAGUUCCAGCAGCAACAUCUUCAUCAGCAGCAACCGGAUCAACUGCAGUUCCAGCAACAGCAUCUCCAGCUUUAUGCACACGCCCCACUAAAGCAGCAACAGUUGCAGCAGCAGCAGCAGCAGCAGCAGCAACAGCAGUCGCAACAGCCUCCGACUCCCUUGGGGCCCAUCAGCAGUGCCAGUUCCGCCUCCAUAACAGGAGCCUCCUCGACAACUGGUCACCAGCAGCGGUGGAACGAGAGUCCCGAGGCACGCCAGCGUCGUCUGGCCAGAAAUGCUGAAAGGAUGCGGGAGCGGCGACAGCGGGAGAGCGAAGAGGAGUACCGCAAGCGGUUGCUCCGGAAUGCCGAGGCGAAUCGUCAGAGGCGCCAGAACGAGUCCGACAUAGAGAGGGCCAUGCGGCUGGUGAGGAAUGCGGCCAGGCAGCGGCUGCGACGGGCGAUGGAAACGCCCGAUCAGAGGGCCAAGCGCCUGGCCAAGCUCGCCGAAAGGAUGCGCAUGUACCGGGCCAGCGAAACGAACGAUCAGCGAAAGCUUCGCCUUGCCGAAAUGGCGGCAAGGGCGCGCCAAAGGAUCGCGAACGAGUCGCCGGAGGAGCGCAAGGAAAGACUGAGAAAGCUGAACGACUAUGCCAAAAAGGUCAGAGAAAAAAAGAAGAUAUUGAAGCAUGUUGUGGUGCACGGUGGUUCGUCGUCGGUGGUCGUCUCAACACCGACAUCCUCCUCGUCGUCAACGGACCAGCAGCACCACCAGCAGCAGCAGCAACAACAGCAGCAACAGCAGCAACAACAGCAGCAGCAGGUGCUGGCUGUUGCAGCAGCCGCAGCAGCGGCGGCAGGCAAUUGUACUAACGAACACACUAUCAAUCUAAACCAGGCGGCCAACACAGCGACGACGACGACGACGACGUCGACCACGGACGAGGCAGGAACGCCGCAGCCCUCGGAGGACCAGCAGCAGCACCUGGUGACCGCGGCUGCCUAUCAGCAGCACCAGGCGUUGACCGGCGUGGAGUACAUGGGCCAGGGCAUGUUCCUGGCGCCCGGCUCCCUGCGCCCGCCCAUGCAGCUGAAACAGGAGCCGCAGACGCCGCAGCAGCAGCAGCAGCAGCAGAUCACCCAGCAGCAGCUGCAGCAGCAGCAACACCAGCGGUACACCAUCACCGGGCAGCAGCAGCAGCAGGUGACCACCGCUCUGCUCGAGGGCACCGAGCCGGGCAGCAUCUUUGUGCAGCAGAUCUACGGCGAUGACGGCAGCAAGGGCACCGCCAAGCUGCUGCAGGCGCAUGUGCCCCACUUCAGCAUCGCCGGUGGCCAGCUGGAGCUCUACCCGCACAAGUAUGCCACCAAGAAGCAGGAACUUCAGCCGGACAACGAUGCCCCGGGAUCGGCGGGCGGCGGCACUGAUAACAGCGGGUCUGUUAGUCUGGGCCACAACGAGACCAAGGUGAUCGUGACGACGGCCAGCGGCGAGCAGAAGCUCCUGAAGGCGACGCCGGGCCAGGCGCAGCAGCUGUACAACCAGUUCCCCUACCUGGCCACCUUCCCGAACACGACGAGCAGCGGGAACAGCACCACCAGCACCACCAACGUCGGCCAGGUGGGCGUGGUGGCGGCGGGCACGACAACGGGUGCCGGCGGCACCACCACCACCGCCUACUAUCCGAUGUACCACAACGGCUUCCAGAUUGGCAUCGGACCGAACGCAGUGCCCUCGCCCUUCACGCCCGUGCACUUCGCCAACGCCAGUGGCGGCAACAGUCCAACCGGCGGCCAGUACAACAUCCUCACGGCAAAUCCGACGCUAACGGUGGCUGGAUUGGGACCACAGCAGCAGCAGCAGCAGCAGCAACAGGAGCAGCAGCAGCAGCAGCAACAACAGCAACCAGCGGCGACGACAACGCAGAUUGUGACGACCAGUGUGGGCAGGGGAAGGCCGCGCAAGAACCCGCUGCCGAGCGAGGAGCAGCUGAAGGUGAACAGCAUGCUGGAGCAGGAGCUCAACCAGAUGCUGGCCGCUCCGCAGCUGGCCAGCAGUACGCCGCGGCGCGGCCGGCCACUCUCGCAGGCGUCGCAGGAGCUCAGCCAGAUUCAUGCACAUUCCACGGCCGAUGGCGACAGUCGAACGCCGUUGACGUCGACGCCGCGACGCAGCGGGGUGAUCAAGUACGAGACGGAGGACGAGAAGCGGAUCCGGCUGGACAAGAUGGCCGCCCACCAGCGGGCGGUGCGCGCCAACGAAACGCCCGAGCAGCGGGCCACGCGCCUCCAGAAGCUGAGCGAAAGGGCGCGGCUGAAGCGCGCCCAAAUCCGGGCCACCGAGAACACGAUCGAGCGCAAGGAGCGGCUGUCCAAGCAGGCGGAGUACGCGCGGAUGCGACGCAUGCGCAGCCACACGCCGCGCAGCAGUAGUGCCACGAGCACCGAGUUUCGGGCCAAAAAGGAGGAGCAGGACGACGACGAGGACGGGGAGACGAGCGUGGAGCAGCAGCUGUACGAGAGCGAGGCCAUCUCGGUGACGGGAACGGGCAGCGACGGUGGAUUCGUCACCGUGGUGAAGGCCGACGACGAUGACUCGCCCGGCGGCGAAGGCUCCAACGAUCAGCUGCCGUCGCUGCAGUUGCAGCAGCACGAGCUGCAGCAGAUCGCCGGCAGUCUGCAGCAGCAGCAGCAGUUGGUGCAGCAUCCCCACCACGAGGCGAUCGUGCUGAACCAACAGCACCGUCUGGUGACCAUCAGCCAGCACCAGCAGCUCCACCAGCAGCAGCAGCAGCAGCAGUCGCAUCCCGGCUUCAGCAAACUUCAGCAGGUUGCCGGCGGAGGAGCCGGAGGAGGAGCAGGAGCAUCGGGCUCAGGCGGCGGCAACGGAACUGGAGCACCCGAGAACAAUGACAUGCUUAAGAUACUCGAGCCCAUCAUCGUGAUGAAGACCAAAUGAGGAUCGCGGAGGCGUCACAGUCGCAGCAGCGCCAAUCGCAAGACCGCCAGCAGGUAGUUGCCAUUCCCGCCAAGAGUCCACCAAGAGGCGAUGGACGCACAACAGAUCUUCAUGAGUAGGGAAUGUCUAUAGUUAUUCAUAAGAGUUUUUUUUUGGAAAUAUGUUUUAAAUGUGUCGAGGUAUUUAACAGAUAGAGUCGUUGUAAAAAGUAAGCGGAGAUCAAGGAUCAGGUGCAAUAACAAAGGAGGAUGCCUGGCAACUACGAACUACGAAAGUAAUCCCGAAAGGAAAAACACUGUGACGCCCCGAAAAAAAAACAACACUUAAAAUCGAGGAAAUGCAGCUAAGAACUACAAGCGAGGGACGAGAUCAACUAAACCUAAUCCAGAAUACGUAGCGCGUAAACUGAGCACUAAGUAGUUAUAUGUAUUAACUAUUAAUUUUUUAAAUUAGCAAAGAAAAAGAAAAAUAACAAAUAAAUCUAAUAAGAUCAAAAUACAACGUU